GAGUGAAGCGCUCGUCUUCUCGGGCGAGGUCGCUGCUGGAGAUGCCAAAGACUUCCACCACAUCGAGCUCAGCGUGGCAGACAAGGAAUGUGCGAAGUUCAAGGAAGGCGAGUGCAAAAAUGAGAAACUUUGCAACUUCGAGGACGGCAAAUGCAAGGUGCAGACGGGCCUCAAUCGCGCCUACCUCCGAAUAAAAGCCGUGCCGCCCAACGAGUUGAGAAGGGAUACGAGUGAAGACAACACAACUUGGAUUUCAACAGUCGCCCAUCGCAGUUUCACGCCUGCGGAUGCCGAGCUCUCUGGGUUCAUCUGCGUGCAGACAGCAAACGAUACCUGGAUUCCGCUUCGAGGGAUCACAUUCAAGCAGAUCAGUGGCGAUGGGCCUUCGAAGGAUUUGGCCAAGUCGGCUACUCCGACUGACCUGUCGAAGCAG